AUGGCUGCGGACGGAAAGCGCAAACCACAAGAAGAAGCGUCCCCCAACGCUCCCAAACGGCAACGAGAAGCCGUGGAUCCACCCGCACCCUCGGCACGAAGAGAGUCCAGCGCAAACCUUACAGAAGACGAAGGGUCGACUCCCACUCCAGCGGCCGACAUUGCUAGCAAGGACGCAGUGCUCCAAGUGGUGAAUGACAACAAGCCCGUGAUUCUACUAGACGUCCGAACACCGGAAGAAGUGGUCAAUGAUGGAUUUCUUCAAACCGCGGGGAGUGGGUGUUCUUGGCUUCAUGUCUCAUGUACCAGAGAAGACGCUCCCUUGCUGCGAGCGGCUGCUCCGCAUAUGAUUUCCGACAAGAAAACACCCAUCCUAGUGUACUGCAAGUCAGGGAAACGUGCUGCCAAAGCACAAGAAAUUCUAAAUGGUCAAGGAUAUGCGAAUGUGACCAAUGCUGGUGGGUACAAGGACCUGGAUUACUUGCAAGAAGCUCUGGAUAAGAAAAAGAAAGAAAAGGAAUGA